AUGGCUAAAGAUACCGAAUACGAUGAGUUUGGCAACUUGAUUGGUGAUCCAUUAGAUUCAGACGCGGAGAGCUCGGGCUCGGAGUUCGAGUUUGAAGGCGAAGGCGAAGGUGAAGCUCAAGAUGAGCCGAUGACCGGUAACGAGCUUGUUGUGCUACAAGAGGAUAAGCAGUUGUAUCCCUCGAUGGCCCAGACCUUUGGUGACCAGGUGGAAACGGUGAUUCAACUGGCCGAUGCGCAAAGUAUCAACGAGCCUCUCGUUAAACCGCAAACUGCGAAGGUUGAUAGAGUUGAGGAGAAGAGCUUGCCAAAGACGAGCUAUUCGAAAGAGUACAUGGCAAGUUUACUGGGUGUUCCUUCCAGGGUGCGUAAUGUCUCCAUAGUUGGUGGGCUGAACUCGGGAAAGACGUCGUUGCUGGACAUGUUCAUAUUGCAGACACACCAGCUCAAAAUAUCGAAGAAAUCACAAAGUUUCAAGAAGCUGCGAUACACAGACAACACCAAGUUGGAGAUUGAAAGAGGUGUCACUAUCAAGUCGUCGCCUAUGACGUUGCUGCUACCUAAUUUAAGGGGUAACUCAUUCGUUAUUAACUUUAUCGACACUCCAGGGCAUGUGGAUUUCGCCGAUGAGAUGAGCAUUUCACAGAGGUUGACCGAGAUCUCACUAGUGGUUGUUGACGUUGUCGAGGGCAUCACGAUAACAACACAACGUGCGAUUGACAACUCCCUGCUUCAUAACAUUCAAAUGGUGUUUGUUAUCAACAAGCUUGACAGACUAAUCUUGGAGUUGAAACUACCCCCAUUGGAUGCAUUUCAUAAGAUCCGAAAUGUCAUUGACCAAUUGAACACAUAUAUACACGGGAGCCCGUUGUAUGAUAACUACAAACAUAAACUCACGGUUUCACCGGAUUCCAAUAAUGUGGUUUUUGCAUCUUCAGACUUGAACUUCUGCUUCAACUUGAGAUCAUUUGCACAGCUUUAUUCAAACAGACUUGGUGUUCAUAUAGAUUUGGAUUCAUUUGCGAAGAGGCUAUGGGGAGAUGUUUACUAUAACAAGGAUACAAACAGAUUCACAAAUAACGGAGAGACAAGAUCCUUUAUCUAUUUUAUUCUGGAACCUAUAUAUAAGAUCGUGACUCAAAUUCUUACAAGACCCCCAGAAGAGUUACCGAAUAUCAUGCAUAAGGCCUUUAAGAUUUCUAUAUCAAAGGAGCUGUCGAAAGCAGAUCCACAGGUUUUGUUAAAAGAAACGUUCAAGUUAAUAUUUGGCGAUUCUUCUUGUCUUGUUGAUGUUCUCGAAACACAGUCGCCCCCUAAUGAGCAUUUAAAGACAGGACUAUUCACAGGUUCUGAUGAAUUGAAGCAGGAAAUAUCGUCCGGCUCUUCUGAUGGCGAAUUAGUUGCGCAUAUAUCCAAGAUGGUUGAGAAUAAUCUGGCCUUGGUGAGAGUUUUCUCUGGGACCCUUCGUAUAGGUGAUAAGAUAAAGAUUCUGGGAGAGAGUUUCAACGAGGAUGACGAAGAUGCUGAAACUAUUGUCGUUAAGCAACUCUACCUACCUGGGGGGAGAUACAAGAUACCACUGAAAGCUGCACCUGCAGGGUCCAUAGUACUUCUUGGUGGAGUCUCAAUCAUAUCAAAGAGUGGUACAAUCUUUUCAGAUUCUGCGUCUCAACCAUUGGCCAUAUUUAAACCUGUGGAUUACUUGAACCAGAGUGUUUUCAAGCUGUUCAUUGAACCUCAUGUACCAACAGAACUUCCAAAACUGUUGGAUGGCUUGAGAAAGAUAAACAAGUCGUACUGUGGUGCUGAGAUCAAAGUUGAAGAGAGUGGGGAGCAUGUUAUCUUUGGUUCUGGUGAAUUAUAUAUGGACUCUCUGAUGUUCGAUUUGAGAAACAUUGCCGAUAUAAAUAUCAAAGUUUCAGAUCCAAUAACGAAAUUUGCUGAAACAGUUGUGGAUCAAAGUUUUACAAAGGUUCCAAUUAAAUCCCAAAAUGGGGCCAACACUAUCACCAUAAUCUGUGAACCAUUGGAAACAGAACUGGCAUGUGAUUUGGAUGCUGGUAAAUUAUCGAUUGAUUCUCAAUUGAAAAAAUCACUGAGAACUAGAUACGGUUGGGAUUCUUUAGCUGCAAGAUCUCUAUGGAGCUUUGGCCCAGAUGAACUUGGUCCAAAUGCCUUGCUUGAUGACACACUACCUGAUGAAGUGGACAAGGAUCUGCUCAGCAACAUGAAGGAUGCCAUUGUACAGGGUUUCCAAUGGGCAUUGAGAGAAGGCCCAUUAGCUGAUGAACCUGUGCGUAAUUGUAAAUUUAAGAUCAUUGAAGCGUCUUUCGCUUCAGAUCCAAGUUUACGUAAAAACGGACAAAUCAUUCCAAUGGUUCGCAGAGCUGUAUAUUCAGCCAUCCUGACAUCUACGCCUAAGUUGAUGGAGCCCUUCUACUCUUUUGAGAUCCUUGCGACUGAGCGUUCCAUCAGAAUCCUUGAACAAAUUGUCGAUAGAAGAAGAGGUGCAGUGUUGAAAGACUCGCCAAUUGGAGGCACUCAGCUGUACAAGAUCACAGGGUUUGUCCCUGUGAUCGAUUCCAUCGGACUGGAGACUGAUAUCAGGGUAGCCACCCAAGGUGAGGCUAUGGUAUCCCUGUAUUUUGACAAAUGGCAAGUUGUUCCCGGUGAUCCUUUGGAUAAAGACAUAUUCAUUCCAAAGCUGAAACCUGCUGCUCCACACGCAUUAGCUCGUGACUUCGUCGUCAAGACGAGAAAGAGAAAGGGUUUAACAGGGGAACCGAGCUUGGCAAAGUACAUCGACAAGGACUUGGUUGACCAACUCAAAGACCUUGGACUGUUAGGUUCAUAA